GUUUCCAUGGAAGAGGCCUCGUACUGCAUUGUAAACAUGCAUGUAAGAAGUGUGCGAGACAAAAGUGAUAAGCAACACAUUGCUUCAGUCAGGAGGGAAUGUCGCAGCCAUUCCAUCAGUACCACUACGUGAAUACGUAAACGCGUUGAGGACGCAAAGACCUUCGGCAGUGGGGGACCAAUUAUAUGAGCUUACCGUUUUACGUCGAACCGGGGAUCUAUAUUACGCACUGUUUUUGGAGCCAUCCUACGAGCAUUCAUCGCAUUACACUCAAACGGAAAAGACAACAGCGCGGGAUACAUCAACCACACAUAGGGGGAAGUGUAUGCGGAUUGCAACAAUGUGGAAAACCUACGAUCGCCGAAACGACAAAAACCAGCAGCCGCUUCCUUCAGGAAGCCACCGCCUUUCCAUCUCGUCGCCCGACAGUCUACUUCAUACCCAUUUUGGGAGAUGAUGCCUUACAAGCAAAUGAAUUGACAGAAUCAGUUGCCACUCAUGAGGUAAAGCAAGUCCAUUUAUAUGGACUGAUGACAAGCAACAAAGACACCGUUGGUAGGUUUAUCGACGAAAGAAAUUAUUAUACCUUCCGAACUUUCUGCUACAACUUCAGGCAUGCACGCCGUUCCAUUUUCACAGCCUUCUGUUUCAACUAAGUUGCCCAUACUAAUGAUUCACUUGCUGAUACCUUCCGUAAAUGCUGCCAAGAUGUAAAGCGGAUGCAUGAAAUGU